UGCUAACAGUGAUUUGACACAGUGCAAUGUAGAUCAACCCCAAGGCAUCAACAAAACUGCGUAAGCGCAUCUUCACCCGCGCCUACUUCUUGAAUAAGCUCUCUUGGAACCCGGCAGUUCUCAAGCACAAAUAAGAAAGGGCAGGAACUUACGCUCUAUAACGUUCCCAGAGUACUGAAGCCGUAAUAUAUGCCAAUUACUUCCUCAACGCCGCUACCUAACUCAAGGACCUACCCCGCCACCUCUUACCCAAGUACAUAGAUACUGCUCUAGCGGGCGUUGAAUCCAAGAACAGAGUAAGGUCAUCUACACAUCUUCACAUCCCUCGAACAAGACUGAGUCAUCUCACAGAGCUAAAUACCUACACCCAAUUACCCUUACAGAAAGAAAUUAAAAAAAAAAAAAUAAAAGCAAGCAGGUAAAAAUGGCAACAGGCGAAAAGAAGUACUUCGUCCCACUGGAGUCGAACCCAGAGCUCUUCACCGAGCUAAUUCACAAGCUCGGCGUAUCCAAGCGUCUAGCGUUCCACGACCUCCUGACGCUCUCGCCGUCCGAUACGGAGCUAUUGUCGUUUAUCCCACGACCUGCGCUGGCGCUUAUUUUCGUCAUCCCUGCGCCGGACGGAUACUCGGCGCAGCUCCGGGUGGAGGAGAAGGAUAUCCCACGGCAUGAUAAGUGUGGCGAGGAGGAAGAUGUCAUGUUCUAUUAUCAGACUAUCGGGAAUGCGUGUGGCUUGUACGCCACGCUGCAUGCUGUUAGUAAUGGGGAGGCGAGGACGUUCGUUGAACCAUCGUCACACAUAGCUCGCCUGAUCGAGCACUGCACACCACUGAACAGCGCCCAGCGCAUCGCGGCCCUGGAAUCGGACUCUGAGCUCGAGGAGGCGCACGCCUCGGUCGGGUUCCGCGGGAACACGGCGCCGCCCGAGGAUCUCACUGUCGAGCCGCACUUCGCGUACAUGACGUUUGUGAAGUCGCACAAGACUGGACGGCUGUAUCAGCUCGAGGGCUGUCGGCAGGGCCCUGUUGAUCUGGGCUGUGUGCUGAGCGAGGACGAAGACAUGCUCUCUGGGAAGGCAUUGUGUGCUGUUAAGGAGUUCGUCCAGAAGGCGGGGAAGGGGAUAGAGGUUGGGUAUAGCGCUAUGGCGUUGAGUGUUACGGAGAGUGGUGAGGAGUCAUAAGACGAUGGUUUAAGAUGUUGGUGGUGGGUCCGAGGUAGAUGCUUAGAUGUGUGUUCGUUUGCUACAGUUUUGUUAGUGUUGUGCGUAAGUGGUAUUGAUGACGAGGAACAGGUCGCGCUUGUGACCAAACAUGGUUGAUUUCUUUUAGUAGGUUGCAGAAAGAACCUCAUCCUUUCUGAGGGGAUUUUAAGAUACCAUGAUAUAAACCAAGAGUAUAUGUCCAUUUAGAAUUCUCCCAUGGCGUAAAGUCCCUAUGAAUCAAG